CCACCAUACCAUAAUGAUAGUCAUUUGUAUAGAAUCGACCGACAAUGGAUAUGUGAGAUAUCUUCUACGUCCUUUGUUUUGUAUCUAGUGUGUAUAUACUACACAAUCCAAGUCUCGGCGACGAUCACGAUGUCAACUGUAUACAGCAUACGGAUAUCCUUGUUUAUUUAAAAUUCUUCAUAGAGAAACAAGACGGGAAUACAAGUAUCAACAUGGCGGACCUGCUUGAUGAAGACAAAUUAGAAGAAAUCAAAGAGGCGUUUGGUAUGUUCGACAUUGAUGACAACGGCACAAUUCCAUUAAAAGAGCUGGGCACGUUAUUACGAGCUUUAGGAGAACAGCCGACGGAGGCCGAGCUAGAUGAUAUGAUGUUACAGAUCAACGCUAUAUCAACUGCUGUCCCUCCUCCUGAUCCAAAACCAGCACCAGCGGAAGGUGAAGAAGCUGCCCCGCCCACUGAGGCUCCGGAAGGGGAGCAACAACAUGUCUUACCUCCAAAAUCAGCGGUGAAAAAAAGUGAAGUAACAGGUACGCUAGACUUGAAGUCGUUGCUUCUUGUAUGUGGAAAGAGGCUGAGUAAGGAACGCGAUAAAGAGGCGGAGUUAAGGGAUGCAUUUAAGACGAUUGACAAGAAAGAAACUGGAACAAUCAGUGCUGCCGCCCUGCGACACAUCAUGGUGACAUUCGGGGAAACGCUCGGCGAUGAGGAAGCCGACGAAUUGGUCAAUGAUGCUGAUACUGAUCAUGAUGGACUGAUCCACUGGGAAGAAUUCUGUGAGAUCCUACUGGACAUGGACAAAUGACAUGAUUCGACUGAUAAAGUGAAUAAGUGGAAGCCAGCUUUAUCCCAUAUCUUAACGUGGUCUAGAUUUAUUCCUAUUCUAAUUAAGACAUAAUUAUUACAUAUUGGUGUAAAAACAUACCAAGUUGACUACUCAGGCUCAACCAAAAGCCACACAUUACCAUGAAGAAGAGUACCGAGAUCACCAGGAGACAUUACAUAUACACGUAUUUAUCACAUGUGUUAAGGUGAUAUGGGUGAUUACUACCUUACGACACAGAAGAGUUACAUGGACACAUUUUAUUAGUGGGAUCUUAUAUGUUUCCUCGUUAGCAUCUUAUAGAUGCAUUAUAUGCAUUCCGUCCAAAAAUAUCAUAAUUUAAUAUGAAUAAAAUUAUUUUGCUUUUUGUAAAAGUCA